UACUAUUGGAUAGUGUAAUUCGGACAAACGGAUAAAAUUCUGGUUUGUUGCUGGAAACAGAGUUAAAACUAACAAUAUUUAAUAACCUGAGAAUAUUGAAAUGAUAUAGUUUUGCUGUUGUCUGAGAAAUAUGGUCCAUACCCAAAGUUUUGAUCCAGCAGGUUGAAAUCUUCAGUGGGGCUGGCAUCUCUCACUUGAAACAAUGGCUCUAGAUCCAGAGAGAGAUAGAAAGAGGAAGAGAACAUCAAGUGGGGGAAGUACACUCAACUCACAACAUGUAACAGAGAACUUGAGCCAUUAUGGGGAGAUAAUCCUUCACUGCACUGUUAACAUCACCUAUGGUAUACGUGCAUGUGGGAACUCAGUCGUGUUGAAGUAUGUGUGUGCAUUACUGAACUCAGGUGGUGGCAUUCUGCACAUGCGGAACCUUGAUGCCGAGCGUGGAGUAGUCCUCUCUAAGCAUCUAGACACCUGGUGGAGUGGUAUGGAGAUAAAGAUGGCGGAGAUUUUGUCUCGUGACGACAUCUGUAAUUACUUUGAUCUUGUUGGUAACCAUGAUGACAAGGAUCUCUACUUGUUCGUGAAAACUGCUGAACAUUUGUGCACACUCCGCUACCACUGUAGGCUUCCAACUGAUACAGCAACUCAUGAGGUUACCUAUCAGUCACUGUUACGUCUGCUUGUAAAUCAUGGAGAGGCAGGAAGUCUGCAAGAGUUACCUCCCAUCCCUAACAGAUAUAUAUUUGGAAGAUCUGCUGAGGAACUGAAGAAAGAAACCAAACAAAUACAGUUCAAACAGCUGGCGACUCCGCAGAACAAAUCUGGUGGCAAGAACACAUUACCAGACCGUGUCAGUGGACUGAUGAUCAAGUAUGUCUCUGCUUUUGCUAACCACGAGGGAGGACAUAUCUAUUUUGGAAUAGGCGACACGCGUGCAUCUGUCAUCGGAGAGGAACUAAGUCCAGCCGAUCAAAGGAAUUUAGAGUGGCUGGUGACAAAUAGAAUGUACAAUAUGAUGUGGCGUGACAGCUCUGUUAGGCCAGUGAGAGGAGUUCAUUGGGAUAUCAACUUCUUUCCUGUAGAAAAUGUGCCUAAAAAGGUAAGCCGAGUGGUGGUUGUGGUUUCUGUAUGUAAGUUCCCUGGUGGGGUUUUCACAAACUGCCCAACUAGUACAUACAUCAACACAGACGGUCAUAUGGUGGACUUCACAUUUGACCAGUGGAAAGAAGCCGUCCUUAAUCCACUUAGAGAUGUACCAGAGUUGCACCACAGAUUCCAGAAGUUAUCAUUGAUGGUACCAAGGGCUCCACUUGUGUUUACACUGCCAAACACUGUAGAGAUGAUAAAAAACAAAGUUCUUCUUGCAAAACCAGAUGAUGUCCAGCCGCGGCUGUAUAUUGAGAGCUACGCAGACACCAACUAUAGGGAAGCCAUUAGAAAUAUUUUUAAUUAUUUCAAGGGAAAGAACUCAGUUUGCCUUGGCAUGGAGUGCUGGGGACUGAAAAUACCCAUGAUGCAUUGCAGUGAUAUUCUAUGUGAUGUUGCCGUGGUAACUGAGUUUGAGAGUAUACAUGUUCUGACAUUAGUUGUCUCUGUAUCGCAGCAGGUUAUACAUCAUUCUCAGACAGCGGCUGCUGUAUUGAAAAACAAACUCGUCCAAUAUGGUGGCUGUACAGAAAAAUUUAGCGUGACUUCACACAUAAUCGAUAUUAGACAAUCAAACCUUCAUGAGAUUUUAGACAGAGAGAUGUCAAGUAGAGACAUAUACCCUACUCAUUUUUGCUCAAAUAAAAGAAAAUUUGAAAAGAUUAUAAACUCAAUGGCAAUAUGUAUGGGUGCAUAUAUGGCCAGAUCUCAGACAAAUUCCUCAAUGAAUCAAAAUGGCAGCUACUAUUUUCUGCUGACUCAUGAUCAGUUUGAGUUGCUAUGGAUGCAACAGUUUGUCAGGGAAUUAUGGGUACAUGGUCCGGCUGGUGCAGGUAAAACUGUGGCGGCCAUUCAGAUGAUUCAGGAGCUGAGAAGGCGUGGCUGUAGUCAUGACAACAUACUCUACCUGGCAGAAAAUGACAAACUAUGUGAUUUUGUCAGGUCACAUGACCUUUGUGUGGUUACAACACGGAGGGAGUUGUUGGCAGAAGCCAGCAAUGAAAGUGUUAUGGACAGAAAGUAUGGGAGAAUCUGCAAUGUCAUAGUAGACGAAGUCCAGAAUUUCAAAGACAGAGAUGGUGACUGGUAUUCAUUGGCAGAGAAAUUGUCCAGUCAGAAGGCACCAAAUCAUUUACACCGGUGCUGCAAUUAUUUUUGGCUUUUCAUGGACUAUGCUCAAAAGGUGCACAAAUUCAAGGCAGGUUUACCGUCGGUGAUAGGGAAGAAUAACUUCAUGCUCAGUGAAGUGAGUAGAAGUACGAAGGAGAUUUUCGACUUCACGUCCCGCCUCAUGAUGGCUUCAGAGAAUGUGGACAAUUUAUGCAGUCCUGUCUAUCAGCACAUACAGAGUUUACCAAAACUGGCACAUAACUUCUCUUCAGGAAAAGGUGUGGACAUACUAUCUUGUAAAGAAACAGAAAUGAAGAAUUUACUGAACAGGGUUGUCUCUGGUCUGCUGAAAAAUGGCAUCCAUGAAAAUGACAUAGCGAUUUUGGUUGGAAAAAGAACAGAACUUGACCGGCUACAGUCUACAUUGUCAGAUAUACACCUGAAUGAAUCAUGCACACCUGGGAACAUAGAACAGGAACAGAAAGAGAUGGAAAUGUCAACAAGGAGAUCAGUUGAGGAGCACUUGAAACAGUGUGGCUCAGAACAAAAUAUAGGUCAGAGUUCAAGUGGUAAAGGUCAGAAACCUGGACAACCAGAAAGUUCUCAGUCUGAGUAUGAGGACAUCUCUGAUGACAGUUUAGAAGAUAUGGAGCCCCUGGAAACCAGCAACCAGUAUUCAGUUUUAUCCAAUGAAAGCUCUGGAGAUCACUUAGCAACCAAUGAAAAUGAAAUUGAAGGCAGUGUUGCCAUGGAGACAAGUAAUCAAGAAAGACCCAAAGUGAAGUUUUAUAGAAAUGAAUCAGAAUUUGAAGAUCCAGAUGUAGGCACAUCAAGAGACCAUGUGAGCCCAGGGAAAGACAGUCUACAAAAUGCUGUUGUGGAGGAAAAAGGUGUUGCCAUAGAUACGGUAAGGCGGUUUAGUGGACUGGAUAAGGCAGCUGUGAUUGGUAUAAAUCCUUAUGUGAAUGAGGAACAUGCAGACUUUAAGAAGUUUCUUCUGAGUCUCGCUACAAGAGCAAAAGAUAAUUUAGUAAUAAUUACAACAUCUGAUAAUGUUAAGAAACAAUUAGAUAAACUUGUCUGAGAAGAAAAGAAAGGAUAUUUUGUUAUCCUAAUCAAAGUGACAAAUUAAUAUUUGAGUACUCGGGCAAUACAAUCUUACAAUCCAGAAUGUUUUAUAUUUUAUCUGAUGCCAUAUUUUUCUGUUCUUUAGAAUAUGAAGCAGAAAAGGAAUGUGAUAUGAAUGACUGUAGACAUAUUGUUAUAUUAUUAGAACAAAACCAGCUAUAUGAAGUGUUUUAUAUAGUCUUCUUUUUUAUUUGCAAAAUUUAUGUAUAUGAUAUCAUAAGUGACUGUUAUUAACCAACUUGUGCUGCUAUAGGAACUUUGUGCUUUGUGUGACUUCCAAACAUUAUUGAAUGAAUAUUUUUUGCAUAAUGUCAGAUUUAUGACAAAGUCUUUGUAAACGUCUUGUGAAAUUUAUUGAGAUAGUUUUAAUUUGUAUAUAUAGAUUUAUAUUUGCAGUUACUGGGAAAUCAUUCAGUUUCAUUGGCAUGAAAUGUCAUGGUAUGGUCAGAAUGCCUUUUACAUAGGGAUAUGAGUUUGUGGAUUUGCAGUGUUAAAGGUUAAAUGAAUGAGAAUUUUAUUAGCUCACCUGUCACAUAGUGACAAGGUGAGCUUUUGUGAUCACCCUUCGUCCGUCGUCUGUGCGUCCGUGCGUGCAUCAACAAUUUCUUGUCUGCACGAUAGUGGUUUCAUUUAUGAUUUUAUUUUAACCAAACUUGCACACAACUUGUAUCACCAUAAGAUCUUGGUUCCUUUCUUCAACCGGCCAGAUCCCAUUAUGGGUUCCAGAGUUAUGACCCCUGAAAGGGCCAGAAUUAGCUAUUUUGACCUUGUCUGCACAAUAGCAGCUUUAUUUAUGAUUUGAUUUUUACCAAACUUGCACACAACUUGUAUCACCAUAAGAUCUCGGUUCCUUUCUUGCACCGGCCAGAUUCCUUUAUGGAUUCCAGAGUUAUGGCCCCUGAAAGGGCCAGAAUUAGCUAUUUUGACAUUGUCUGCACAAUAGCAGCUUCAUUUAUGAUCUUAUUUUAACCAAACUUGCACACAACUUGUAUAACCAUAAGAUCUCAGUUCCUUUCUUGAACUGGCCAGAUUCCAUUAUGGGUUCCAGAGUGAUGGCCCCUGAAAGGGCCAGAAUUAGCUAUUUUGACCUUGUCUGCACAAUAGCAGCUUCAUUUAUGAUUUGAAUUUAAUCAAACUUGCACAAAACUUGUUUCACCAUAAGAUCUCGAUUCCUUUUAUGAACCGACCAGAUCCCAUGAUAGGUUCCAGACUUAUGGCCCCUGAAAAAGCCAAAAUUAGCUAUUUUGACAUUGUCUGCACAAUAGCAGCUUCAUGUAUGAUUUGAUUUUAACCAAACUUGCACACAACUUGUAUCACCACAAGAUAUUGGUUCCUUUCUUGAACCGGCCAGAUCCCAUCAUGGGUUCUGUAGUUAUGGCCCCUGACAGGGAGUUGGGUUUGUUUUCCCUAUAUGGCUAUAUAGAAAACUUUGAAAAUCUUCUUCUCAAAAGUUACUGGUCCGUUUUCAAAAUAAUUUUACACAAAUGUGCCUUGGAUGACCCUCUUCCUAGAGAUAAUUUUGAUUCUUCAAAAAAAAAACAUGGCGGCCCGCAAGAGAAACUCAUUAUCCCUAUAUGGCCAUAUAGAAAACUUUAAAAUUAAAUCUUCUUGUGUGAAACUACUGGCCUGAUUUGAGAAUAAUUUUAUUUAAAGUUACUUUAAGAAAAUUUCAACUAUAUUUUCUCAUAAUUCUUUUGAUUGAUCUUUAUUAUGAUCUUUUGGCUUUGAAGACUUGUCCUUAAGUGCAAUGAUAACAGGUGAGCGAUAUAGGGCCAUCAUGGCCCUCUUGUUUGAUUGAGGAACCAUGAAAAUAUUAGACUUCCAUGAAUAUUUGCUUUAUCACGGUAUCUAGAGUUGGCCUGGAGAGUUAAAUGAUUAGAGCACAGGAUUUUCUGAUUGGGGAGGGGGUCGAAGGACUUCAGAUCACAUGAUUUACAAUUGAAUUGUAAAAGUUGAGCAGUUUGUUGUUGGAUCUAGUCCCAGAUGGGCCUUUUGUACUCAUUGACUGAACAUAUGUAUCCUCAAAGUCAUGUGCAGAGACCAAAAUGCCCUUUACAACUGUAAAACUUUCUUGGGACAAAAAAAAAGCAGUGUUAAAAACAGCAAAUUAAACAAAUGUGUAAUUGUAAGUUUAAGUAGACUUUUGCUAAAUAUGUGUCUGUUUAUUAUGGACAGUUUUUAUCAAAUGAAUAUUCAGCAUUAUACAUAUCAUUAUGUAUAUUUUAUAUCUUCAGGGUUUCUUCAAAUGAAUUGUUAAGGCAUAUGUUUUCUGUACAUUGCAUGUUACGUUAUAGCUCAUGGUAGUGUAGUUUAGUGAUAUAUCUUUUAUUUCUCAGAUUUAUAGGUCCCGGUUUACAUUUUAGAAAUUUUUCAUGAAGUAUUUUAUUAGCAUGUAAUUUUAGCAUUUUAUACUUUUUCAUUAUCUGUUUCUACAUGUUAUUUCUUACCCAUUUUUGAAUAGAUAACUUACAGUAA